AUGUCUCUUUCAUCGAAUGUGAUAACCACUUUGGUGGACAAUGCCGAUAUUUCGAUAUCAGACGAAGGCACCAAUUGGUACUGGGCUGCCACAGGCAUCUUCUCCCUCUCAGCCGUUGCCUUUCUAGUCGGUAGUUUCGUCGCCCGCAAUCCAAAUGUUCGACUUCAGUACUACCUUUCGGCACUGUCGAACUAUAUCCUCUCUAUGGCCUAUUUCGCUAUGGGCGCCAAUCUCGGCUGGGUAGCUGUCGAGGUCGAAUUCCCCCGAGCCGACCAGUUCAUCGUCAUCGAUAACGGGAUCGAGAAUCCUACUCGACAGGUCUUCUGGAUCCGCUAUGCUGGCUGGCUGCUCGCAACGCCGAUCCUGAUGACGCAGAUGCUCCUGCUUAUCAACGCUCCCUUGAAACUGAUCCUCCAUGAAGUCUUCAUGGUCAGCAUUGUGAUGAUAACGGGUCUUGGAGCCGCCCUUAUCCCCAACGUGUAUAAGUGGGCAUACUUUGUCUAUGGCUUCUUUGCAUGCGCCGCCCUUGGCUGGACGAUGCUGAAGUCCGGAUACAACCAUGUACGCGCAACAAUGCCCUCUUUGAAACGGGUGUAUCUCGUGUUCUGCAUCGCUGCAUCGGUAGUCUUCCUGAUGUAUGGCGUAGCCUGGGGCGUGAGUGAAGGAGGCAAUGCCCUCUCCCCUACCGGCGAGGCCGUCUUCUACGGCAUCCUUGAUAUCUGUGGAGGGCCACUUUACUGUGGCUUUCUUUUGUGGGCGGCUCAUCGGUAUUAUCGAAAGGAAGUGCCGCAGCUCCCUGUCUAG